GCACAUUUGUUUGUUUGGUUUUUAGUUUUUGGAAACAAUUUGGAGUCCAUACUUCCAUAGUGCAAAUUAUCCACAGCUUGUAGCUAAUUUCUAUUCGUUUUCGACUUUUCGGUAUCAAAAAUUUAAAAGCCAUAUUGCCUGCUGUGUUGUAACAGUUGUAACUUGUAGUUAGUAGUUACUUAUUACGGUAAUAUUACUUAUUGUUUUGUUACUUCUUACUUGUUGUGCAGCGUUAAGGUCAGCUGUUAAGUGGCCGUUGAAAAUAUUCUAUUAAUCGAUAAUAUUAUAUUGCCAUAGUAAGGUCGAAAUACGUGCCUGCGUUUGAAUUUAAUUCACCGUUUACUAAGAUACUACAAACUACUCAACGUAAUGGCUCUUGAGAAGUAAGUUUGAUUUAAGUCAUUAUUUUCUGUUCUCUUAUAAAACUGUUCAGAUCUGUGUCUUGCAUUGAACAUUUCUCGAUAAAAUGACGAAUCGACCUAACAAAGCUUUGGAAUAUUACAAUGAUUAUACAGAGUGUACACAAAAUUUACCUUUGGACAUACAGCGGCACGUGACGCAGAUGCGUGAACGUGAUUUGGAGUUCCAAGAAAUGAUGUCGAAGAUCAAAAAGUUGACUGACAAUAUUGAUGGUUGUAUGUCUAAAGUAAAUUCUGAAAAAUUGACAGAGCUAUUAGUAACCGGUUUAAAUAUAGGGGAUAAAAAAGUGCAAACAGUUCAACAAAUAUCUGACUUGGUAGAUGAUAAAGUCAGGCGCUUGGAAAAUGGUAAGAAAUAUUUCACCUCUACUAAAGAAUCUGAUGCUUCCAAUCCAAGUAUCAAAGAAAAACCAGAGAGCAGUAAUUCUUCCAAAGAUCGAUGCUUACCUAGCACUAGUACUAGCACUAGUACUAUUUCUAAAGAACUGAAGAAACGCAACCCUGAUAAUGAUGGUAAUGAAUCUAACAAUGAUGCAAAACUUGUGAAACGGCCCAGACGUAACAAAGUCGAUGAACCAGAUUACAAAGAGAUUUCUGAUGAUGUGGCAUUGUCAGCUAUUCAACAUUCCAACACACCUUUUCCAAGAUCUACAGCAACAGCGCAAGUACUAUCUCAAGUUACAUUGAAAAAAUCAACUCAAAAAACAGAAACAAAAACCAAAAGGAAGGGAAAAUAUAAAAAGCAACAAAAGGACAAUUCACCAUCAUUAGAUGAUGAUGAUGAUGAUAUAGCGGUCGAUCCGGACGAACCAACCUAUUGUCUUUGUGAUCAGAUUUCAUACGGAGAGAUGAUAUGUUGUGAUAAUGAUUUAUGUCCAAUUGAAUGGUUUCAUUUUUCAUGUGUUUCAUUAUCAACAAAACCAAAAGGCAAAUGGUUUUGCCCCAAGUGUCGUGGAGAUCGUUCAAAUAUAAUGAAGCCUAAAGCGCAGUUUCUUAAGGAACUUGAACAAUACAAUAAAGAAAAAGAAGAUAAUGCUUAAGAUUUUGUUUUGAACAUCAAUCACAAUCUACUUAAAUUAAUUUGAUAUUUAUAAAUACUUAUUAAACAAUAAAUUAUCUUGCAUUGAAUUUACAUAUUAUAUAAUCUAGGUAUACAAUCCAAAUUAAAGUUGUAUGUUUGUAUUAAUAAAUGAGUUGAAAGUAAAAUUAUGGAUA